AUGGCUGUGGUGCAUUUAGCUAUAAGGGGCUGCCAGGUUUCUGCACAGCAUUCCUACACCCUUGCAGAAGCUAUUUCAGUGGUUCAAGUAUCAAGUCCGAAGUUGAACUUUGAGGAAUUGAGUGUUUGGAAUCAAGCUUUGAGAAUAGAAACUGUCCUGCUUGUAAUACAGGAUGGGAAAAAAGGUGGCACUACAGUCCGAGCAUCUGGAGGUUCUAGAAGAAUACAUAAACCUUUGCAAGAAUCAAGCACUUCCUGCAAAGUGGCACCCACAGAGGAAUGGGAGGCCAAUAUUCAGGUUGCUCGUAGAAGUAAAGGUGGUAAUGCACAUUAUCCUAAGGGAAAAGGAGCCAUCGAAUCUAGGGGAUCAGUGAAAACAUCAUAUGAUACAGUAUCAGAGAUUUCUCAAGGGACAGAAAUAUCUCAAGUGGAUAGCGUACGCUCAGUCCCUGUGCAAAUUACGCCAUCAAGUAGCUUUGCAUGGGCAAAAAGGCGGAGACAGGAUGCUGCAUCGACAAGAUUACACAGUCUGACCACUUUAAGGCAUCAGAAUUUGAGUGCAUUAGACCCAUCCAGUGUAUUGUAUGCACAGGAUACUUUGGAAUCAGAACGGCAAGAAAAUGAAGUUUGUUCCAGCAGGAUCCACAUCGGUUCAAGAGGCAAUGAUGAGAUUGCAAAACGUGCAAUACGAAGGCUACAAAGUCAUCCUAAUCGACCAGAGUCUUUCGAUUCCUCAGAUUUUUACGAGUCUCAAGAACUAUCAGUAGAUUAUAAUGAUGAAGGUGGAAGUGUUCCAUUCUCCGGGGCAUUGUUAUUACAACCACGUAGAACUGAUGGAAGACAAAAAGGUCAAACACGCCAAGCUGCUCGCAGAUCUCGUUUUUAUAGAGACUAUUGA